UAUCACUUAACCACUGCACCACCAGGGGCUCAAUGUCUGCCUUAGGGAGCGUGCAUAUGGCUUAAUUAAAGGAGUUUGGCUCUCUUGUGAGCAGAGCUCCAGCAAGUGCAUUGUAAUGGGGAGUGAACAGAAGAAGCCUGCAGGAAGGAGCCCCUCAGCGUUCCCAGAGGAGGAAAGAAAGACUCUUAAAACUCCCUUGAUAUCUUUAAUUUGAAAAUCCCAAGGCAUCCUAGUUCUCCAGAGAGAGAGAGAGAGAAGGAGACUUCCUGGCUGAGGCUGUCGCAGAAGCUGCAGCAUGGCGGGCCGCCUUCUGCAUUGUGGGCUGUUCCUGGCAGUCACGGGAGAGGUGGUGGAGAGGCCCACUGUCACUGCUGAUCUCCAGGAGUGCAGUGCUGUUUUACUGACUGUGGUCUUUUCUUCUAGACCCAUCGGAAGAAUGGAUUUUAGAGAGGCUUACUCUAACACAUGCUCUGCGGUUGGACUUGCCGCCAGGGAAGGAAACGUCAAAGUCUUAAGAAAACUGCUCAAAAAGGGACGUAGUGUUGAUGUCGCUGAUAACAGGGGAUGGAUGCCCAUCCACGAAGCAGCUUAUCACAACUCCGCAGAGUGCUUGCGGAUGUUAAUUCAUGCAGAUUCAUCUGAAAACUACAUUAAGACAAAGACUUUUGAAGGCUUUUGUGCGUUACAUCUCGCUGCAAGUCAAGGACACUGGAAGAUCAUACAGGUUCUUCUAGAAGCUGGGGCAGAUCCUAAUGCAACUACUCUAGAGGAAACCACGCCACUGUUUUUAGCUGUUGAAAAUGGACAGAUAGAUGUGUUAAAGCUGUUGAUUCAGCACGGAGCAAAUGUUAAUGGAUCCCAUUCUAUGUGUGGAUGGAACUCCUUGCACCAGGCCUCUUUUCAGGAAAAUGCUGAGGUCAUAAAAUUGCUUCUUCAAAAAGGAGCAAACCCGGAGUGCCAGGAUGACUUUGGAAUCACACCUUUGUUUGUGGCUGCUCAGUAUGGCAAGCUAGAAAGCUUGACCGAACUGAUUUCAUCAGGUGCAAAUGUCAAUUGUCAAGCGUUGGACAAAGCGACUCCUUUGUUCAUUGCUGCUCAAGAGGGUCACACAAAAUGUGUGGAGCUUUUGCUGUCCAGCGGGGCAGAUCCUGACCUUUACUGUAAUGAGGACAAUUGGCAGUUACCCAUUCACGCAGCUGCACAAAUGGGCCAUGCCAAAGUCUUGGAAUUGUUAAUACCAUUUACUAACCGGGCCUGUGACACUGGGCCAGACAAAGUGAGCCCUGUUUACUCAGCGGUCUUCGGAGGGCAUGAAGAUUGCCUAGAAAUACUACUCCAGAAUGGCUACAGCCCAGAUGCCCAGAAGUGUCUGGUCUUUGGCUUCAAUUCUCCCAUGUGUAUGGCUUUCCAAAAGGACUGUGAGUUCCUUGGUAUUGUGAAUAUGCUUUUGAAAUACGGAGCCCAGCUUAAUGAACUUCAUUUGGCCUACUGCCUGAAGUACGAGAAGCUGUCAGUCUUUCGCUACUUUUUGAAGAAAGGUUGUCCGUUGGCAUCAUGGAGCCAUAUAUCUGAAUUUAUCAGUCAUGCAAUUAAAGCACAAGCAAGAUACAAGGAGUGGUUGCCACAUCUCCUGCUUGCGGGAUUUGACCCACUGAAUCUGCUAUGCAGCUCUUGGAUCGACUCCGUCAGUGAUGAGAUCCUUGUCUUCACUUUGGAGUUUACUAAUUGGAAGAGACUUCCACCAACUGUUGAAAAGACGCUCUCUGUUCAUGCCUCAAGUUCCUCGUGGCUUUUGCAGCAACAUCUUGCCUCUAUUCCAUCCUUGACCCACCUUUGUCGUCUGGAAAUUCGGUCCAGUCUAAAACCAGAACACCUGCGAUCUGAUCGUUUUAUCUGUCAGUUGCCACUUCCCAGAAGCCUUCAUGAUUACUUGCUCUAUGCAGAGGUUCUGAGGAUGCAUGAGGUUCCAGAGCUGCCAGUUACUCAAGAUGGAGAAGCUCCUUAGCACGGCUCAUUUCUUAACUCUGAGAACUACCAAGACAAAAGAGCCGCGGAGUACGAGUUCUUCAUGAUUUCAUAGUAAAAAAAGACGAUUUUUGUUUGUAUGGCUGGUUAGAUCUUGGGGAGCAGGGGUUUAAUACAAAUGUUUACAAACUGGGUGUCCCAGUAAAACAAUAUUGUAAACCUCAUUACGUUGCUUUAUUGCAGUUUUAUUGCCAGUAGGUUUUAUGCUGUAAUAUUCCUUUGCCUGACCAUUUUCUGCUUUAUUCUCUUAAUGAAGCAUGAUGCUGCUUCUAGUGCUAACUGCGACACAUUUCCACCCGUGGCUGUGUUUACCUGGUGCUAGGAGGUCAGGAGGGAUCGCGUAAAACCUCACUGGAAGUGUACACAGCUGUAGGAUGAAUCUCUGUGAAGUACUGUGAUUAUUAUUAUUUGGAGUUGACUCUGUCUUAUGUUUAUAAAGGAACAAGUUUUCCUAUCUUGCCAGACUUGAUUCUCAUCUCUUCGUUAAUUCGGUCACUUACGAAGAGCUGGUGUUCAUUGACUUUUCACGUGUAAACUCAGGGAAAAAAAUUUUUUUUUAAAGAAUAUAAAAAAAUCAAUCCUUUGGCUGACUUUUUUUCACUUCCUUUAUACUCUCUUUGGCAAAAAAUAUUCCAUUUGUAGUCUGUAAAGGCAGGAACAGAUGUGAACUCAAAGACAUGCUCAGUUGGAAAAAAAAAUUAGGUCAGUAUUGACAGAAACAAUCAUUCUACCAUACUUAGAAUACUACAAAAUCAGGAGACUGUGGCGGGACGCCACAUUCCUAUGACACCAUCCUUAAAGAAAAACAGGUUUAUAUCCUAAGUUGCUUAUCAAAUUUAAGAUUCAAGCGCCAUUCAGCCCCAGAAUUGGAGGACAGCUUUGAUCCUAUGAAGCAGUGAUGGCUAGUGCUAUUAAUAUCAUAGCUUUCCCUUCUUAUUAUCCUGAUAGGUUAUCAAACAGUCCAGGAAAUAUAGACCAAAAUCCUAGGUUAGUGAGACACUGCCUUAUCAACUUCAUAUCGCUCAGUCUGAGUCUCGAGUCAGGAGGAAGGAAACACUGGAUCAAGUGAGAUGUGGAACAGACCAUAGGGACCAACCUGGAGAGAAAGGAUGCAAAAGGAUUACUGUCACGCUAGUCACCCAGAGAUGAGGGGUCUGAUGGAGGCAAGUCUUCUGUCCUUGUGUGAUUCUGUGGCUUAAAAUAGAUGGGAAUGGACCAGCCAGGUGCAGCUCUGAUAGGCCUUGGCCGUUUGACAAGAGCCGUGAUGAAGGUGGACCCAAUGAUGGGGCACUGUUAAGAUCCAAAGGGAUGCCUGAGCUCUUAGAUUAGAGCCAUAGUUGCUGGCUGUGGGUUGGAGAUGGAGUUUGAAUGUGGAUGUACAAGCAGAAGUAAGGUUAUAUAUGCAAAACCAGGUAGAAAUUCUGAUAACUAAAUUUAAAAAAAAAUUCAAAGACAAUGUUCCAAAAAUUAUAUUAUUGUCGUAAUCUUUAUUUUUCCAAACCUUAAGUCUCUGAUUUUUAACUUAAGACCAAUUUUUUUUUUUUUUGUUAGAGCCACAUGUACAUAGAAUGUAUAAAUUUGAGGGUGCCUAUUUUCCUGUGCUUUAUUCAUGUUCAAAUAUACAAUAAACUCAACUAUCUAGAACUUA